UAGUUUAUUACAGAUCUGGUUCCUGGUUCAAAAUAUGUGAUAUUUUGGGUCUGUAUAAUUCAUCAAAACCAGAUUAAAUCAUGACAGACGAAACAAAUAGAAAGGUUGAAUUAUCCAAGGAUGUUUUAGCUCCUUCUGACGGACCAAGAGAAGAGCUGAUAUCAACAGCAAUAAAGUUUUUACAGAACCCUAAAGUUCAACAAAGUCCUGUGUCACAAAGGAAAGCUUUCUUAGAGAGAAAAGGCCUCACAAAAGAAGAGAUAGAAAUUGCUGUAGAAAGAUCAGGUGUACCCCCAGAUAAACCUACCCAAGUAUACCCACCCCAGCCUCCUGGAAUACAGGCACCAAUACCUGGAGCAGUGGUACCCUACCAACAGUCAGCGCCCCCUGUUGGUACAUUAGUAAAGAUAAGAGAUGUGUUACACACAAUAGCUUUAAUAGGAGGCUUAAGUUAUGCUGCCUAUAAAUUUUUCAAGGAAUAUUUACUGCCAUGGAUUUUAGGUAAACCAAAGACAGAAGACAGAUUAGAUAAAAUUGAGAGCAUGGUGAUAGAGCUUCAAAAAAACAUUGUGGAGACUUUGUCAAAGAUUCAACUAACCUUGACCUCCAUGCAGGAAACAAUGUCAACCAAUCAGGAGAAAGUACAGGCAAUAUCACAUGAAGUCUACUCACAAAGGUCUUCCACAGCCAUGAGUAAUAUCAACGAGUCACAGUUUGCCACAGAAAUGAAGUCAGAGCUGCAGACUGUAAAAGGAUUAUUAUUAAACAGACGACAGUUCCCACCAACACCAUCCUCAUCAUCACUGCCAGCAUGGCAACUCAGUCAGACUUCUAGUCCUACCAGCAAAUCAAACAUGGUCAAACCUAGUGGGGAUGCCACAACAAAGUCAGAACCUAGCCAUGAUGCCACAAUAACAUCAGAACCUAGCGGGGAUGCCACAUUAGUGUCAGAUGAAGCAAACUUAAAUCAGAAUAAAGAUGAUAGAACAAAUGGAGAAAAUAUUGAUGAAGUAAAAGUGAAUUUCAGCAUUGAAGAAACUACAAAUGUUGAAAUGUCAGAAAGUUCUCAACCAAUCAAAACAGACGUGAGUGAUAUUCUGAACCAAUCAGAGGACAACAUUUUACAAAUAAAAUCAAAGGAGGAAAAUGACAACGAAGAGGUUGAUUAAACCAGAUUUAUUUAGAAAAAGAAUGAAUAGUUUAAAAAAGAGAAAAUUUAGCAGAAAUUUUGUAUAUUUGAAUUUUUGUUAUUUUUCCUCUUAUUGAACAAACCUAAAAGAAAAAAGAUUGAUUCCUAUGAGAAUUUUAUUUAAAUUUUUAUUUAAACUUUUAUCUUGUUUUUCAUCUCCCCAUUCAACAUUCUUGUUAAUAAUGUCUGUAUAUUACAGAAGGUUGUGUCCCAACAAUUCAUUAAUCCCAUCACAAGCAAAGGUCUCUUAAUUUAACUUGUUAAUGUUUCCAUUGCCUCUAUCAAAUCUUUCAAUGUUUUAAUAUUAAAGAUGAGCUGCAUCAAAUUGAAAUCUACCUUAUGCAAAGAUAGAGUUUUCACUGCCCUCAGGCUUUUUUGCUUUUAUAUUUUAUUUCAAGAACCCCAACUGUUUAACUACAGACAGCUGACAUAGAUUGAUUCGUUUUAAAAGAGAAAAAUAGAAAUAAGCUAGACUAUAAUAAUGUUUAUUAUACUUCACGUUAAAAUGCCAUAUUUUGAUUGGCUAAGACGAGGGUGUCAAUUUACUCUAUCACAUGGUUGAGCGGGUGACAAUUUUUUUUAAUGUUACCCUCUCGUUUAGACCAAUCAGAAAUCGAUAGUUCAUAGAACAAUGAAUUGAAUUUACAUCAAGGAAUUAAAUACAAUGCUUAAGUUCUACGUUUUGGCUCAGAUUUUAUUAUCGACUGUUAAAAUAAAUAAAAUAAAACAUCUUGCUUGACUUUUUUUUCUUUUUCUAAUGACCGUAACGAUGUUAUGAACGUGACAUCAUACAAAAUAUUUUGAAAUAAAAGUAAUCUGUAAAAGCCAAUAAUGACAGGACAUUCAGUAUAAUAAAUUAAAUAACACAUAGCUGAGAGGGUGAUAGAGCAGAUUGGAACCCCUUGAAAAGGCAUUGUCAACCUUGGCUUCGCCGCGGUUGACAAUGUUUUCUCGGGGUACCAACCUGCUCUAUCACCCUCUCAGCUAUGUGUUAUUUAUAUAGUAUUGCAUUUUACUUUAUUAUUGAUUAAUGGCUGGUAGAUUCACUGAAUAUCUAUUAGGAAUAACUUUUACCUGUAUGUCAACCUUUCUAGCAUUUGAAAAUAUGUGUUCAUUGAUGUAUUGUUUGUUAUUUACAUGCAGAUAUCUGGGCAGAGGUAGUACCAAUCCAUACAAAAUUAUAUAUAGAAUAAAAAAUUCUAAAAUGCACAUAUAUGUCAGAUUUCACUUUCAAUUAGAGCAGAUUUUCUUCUGCCAAGAUAUUCCAAUGUUUGUAUCAUAUAGGUAUCUGAACUAUGUAUUGUCAUUUGAAUGCCUCAAGUGUUUAUGUAUUAAGCAGAAUUAUAUUGAGAAAGAAAACCUAUUUGUAGCUUAUUGAGUCAUUGAAAAUUCAAUAUUGAUGCAAAAUAAAUAUUUAUAUUUGAA